AUGUUUGCUCGUAUCUUUCGCUCUCAAUUCACCUACACCUUCCCAGUCUCCAUUGGACCAAAAUUCCUUCGUCUCUAUUUCUUCCCAGCUAAUUACUCUGACCUGGACAUAGCCAACUCUUUCUUCUCUGUCACCUCCAGCGGCCACACCCUCUUAAGCAACUUUAGUGCCUUCCUCACUGUCUCUGCCAUGAAACCCGCAGUUGCUACCCUUAGAAAGGAAUUCAUCUUCAACGUUAGGGACAACCAGAGACUGAACAUAACCUUUUUGCCGUCUCCGAACUCUUACGCCUUCGUUAAUGGCAUUGAAGUCGUUUCAAUGCCGAAAAAUCUCUACAUUCGCGGCGGCAGUGAUCAUCAAAUCCCACUAACUCCAUUUCUGAGAGAUUCAAAAGGAUGUGACCCUCAAGAACCAAAGGGUUUUUAUAAUAUACAUCAACAAUCAAACAACAUAGAGAGGAGCAGAUGUUAUCCUGUGGAGUGGUGGCACUGGAUUCCUGUGUUCAAAGACUACAUCAUAAUGGUCACCGACCCAGAUGGUCGUCGGAACAAGCAAGACUUGAGGCUCGCUAUGUACCCUGACCUCCACUUUAGACCUUAG